UGCAAGCUCAUGAAAGAAAUCUUGGAUAAGAAGGUUGAGAAGGUGACAAUCUCCAAUAGGCUUGUGUCUUCUCCCUGCUGCAUUGUGACCAGCACCUAUGACUGGACAGCCAACAUGGAAUGGAUCAUGAAGGUCCAGGCAUUUAGAGACAACUCUACAGUGGAAAUGAUGGCCAAAAAGCACCUGGAGGGGAAUCCUGACCACCCCAUUAUGGAGACACUGAGGCAGAAGGCUGAGGCAGACAAAAAUGACAAGGCUGUCACGGACCUGGUGGUGCUCUGGUUUGAAACUGCGCUGCUUUCUUCUGGCUUUUUCCUUGAGGACCCCCAGACCCACUCCAACUGCAUCUACCACAUGAUCAAGCUAGGCCUGGGCAUUGAUGAGAAUGAAGUGACACCUGAGGAACCCAGCACUGCUGUUCCUGACGAGAUCCCCCCACCUGCCUCUGGCAUGGAAGAAAUAGAUUAG